AUGGAGCUCGCCCCACGAUCAAGCGCUUCCGUCUCCAAUAAAUACUCGGGGCGCCGAACACCACCAGCUUGGGCGGCGAUGAAGGGGCACAAGGAAGUCGUGAAGCUACUGCUCGGGAGGAAGGAUGUUGCCACGGACACUCCGGAUCACGACCAGCGGACACCGCUGGGAUGGGCUGCCACCAACGGACAUAAGGGGGUGGUGGAGCUGCUUCUCAAGGCGGAAGGUGUCAACCCCGGAAGACGGGAUGUAUACGACUCGACCCCGCUCACCUGGGCCGCGUGCAAUGGACAUGAGGAGGUGGUAAGGUUACUGCUGGAAGGGAAAGGCGUCAACCCCGUAGAGUGCGAUAUGCAGGGCCGGACACCGAUCAUGCUGGCCGCCCUGAUAGGACAUGAGGGGGUAGUACGGGUACUGAUGGAGUUGGAGGGCAUUGAUCUCAACGGGGGUGGCAUCUGCGGUGAAAUGCCACUCCAGUACGCUGCGAUGCGUGGGAACGAGGCGAUUGUGCGGUUACUGCUGGAACGGGAGCACGUCGGGCGUGAUAUUCCUGACUCCUUCUCGCGGACUCCACUCAUGUGGGCGGCACACGCGGGACAUGUGGGGGUGGUGGAGAUACUGCUCGGCAAAAAAGAUGUCGACCCCGGAAAACGAGACAGGCGGGGCCAAACGGCGCUCAUGUUCGCUGCGGAACAGGGGCAUUUGGGAAUGGUCCGCUUGCUGCUCGGGCGGGAAAAUGUCGAUCCCGACAUUUCCGUCUACGCGGGCAGCACACCACUGUCGUUGGCCACUCGAAAUCAGCAUUUCGGGAUAGUCGGGCUAUUACAGGCCUACAAACCUGCGGGCCCCGGCAUA